GCUCCAACUGCCUUCCUUCUGCCAUUUUACUUCCUUCGGAGCUGGAAAGAUGUCUGCGACUCUUCUGCUCUUCGUCUUCAUGUGCUGGACCGCCAGCACUCAUGCGGACCACCAUCAGUCUUGUCGUUCGAGCAACAUGACAGGAGUCUUCUCUGUGGUAGGAUUGCAGAACGAAAUCAAAGCUCUGGCGCCUUACACGUACGACUCCACCAAUAAGAAACUCCGCUUCCGAACAGACGCUAGCAAUCCAUGGAACGCGACUAUGGAGCUGGACCUGCUGGUGCUCUUUGAGGAGGGGAUAUUAUACAAGAUCGACAGCAAGAACCAGAGCUGUGUGAAGAAGUCGCUGCAAUCCAGGCUCAAUCCUCUCGCUAUUCCCGCUAACGCUGUGUUCCAUGGCGCCAUGGUCUUUGGCAGUGCCUCCAUUGAAGGGGAAGGAAUCAAACUCAACAUCUGGGCCAUUCCAACACCAGAUUUGAAAGGCAACAGCUACAUGUCUGUAUCCAUGGGCUGCAUACCUUUCAGCUUGAUGCAUUUGACAGACAACUCCAUGAUUAUAUUCAGCAACAUAAAUGUUGAACUGGAGGUCAAAGAUCCUGACCUCCUGGCAGUGCCUUCCUUUUGCCAAGGAUUGCCUGUGGAGGAGACACCAGAAGGGACAGUUUAUGGUUUCAUGACAGAGUUCCUGUAAACGCAGCCCGUAAAAAUGACACGAUCCUUCCCCUUCAUUUUAGGUACACCAUUCUUUGUACUUCACAUGAGGCUGCAUUAUAACUGUUUGAUCGUCCACCACUCUAUGCUGAAAUAGAUCAUACUGUAUACAUUUGUGAAGAAAGUAAGGGCAUGGAUAUUUUAGAAUUAAUCAUUAAUACUAACUGUUUUUUACUCCAGUACUGCUUCCAGAAGUAUUUGCGAUGAUUAAUGCAACAAUAAACAUUAAAGCUUGUCAGUAUUUACAAUAUAA